CGAAUCUUCCAAUCGCAAACGAAGAGGGCGGGCAGGCGAGCCACGUGCUCUCAACCAAUCUUCUCACCACCGCAACGCCAACCUUGACUCACAGUGCCCAGCGUUCGAUUGGUCGCGUCUCCCGUCUCCCCUAGCAACGCUGGCCGGGUGCGUGACAACACUGGCCCUAGCAACCGCCUCAGCGCGCCAUUUCUCCGAGUCUGACACGUCCGCAGUGAGUGAGUGGCGUUGGCAGCCUGUCAAUCCGUCACCGGGGCCGGCAGCAGCAGCGUAAAGCGGGGCAAGCAGCCGGAGCCAUAAAUCCCGCCCGGGAGAGCCCCGACUACCGGCCCCCCAUCCAUCUCUCCCACAUCACCCCCUCAGCCGCCGCCGAGGAGGAGGAAAAAACUUUUUUGAUUGCUGCUCUGAGGCAUCAUCAUCAUCAUCCUCCACAUCUCACCGGGCACCUUAACCAUUUCUAUCACCUCUCCUGCCAUCAAUACCCCUGCAGCUCCCCCCACCCGGCCCGGACACUUCUUCUUCUUUCCCAGAGACUUUCUUUUAUACAUCUUAUUGUCUUCUUUUUUUACACUCCCCAUUUAUUUUAUUGGAGGUGAUCAUCGAGGAGCAGCAGCUACUACUACUCCUACUAUAACUACUACUUCAUCAUCAGAGCCUGAUUUAUGACCCAGCACCCGGGGAGAUUGGCAGCUCCUGGAUGAAGGAUUGAAGAAGGAAACAUCCAAGGAAGGAGAUCUGAGAAGAAGCCCAGGGAGAGCACCAUGCCUUCUUAUUACUCUUCAUGACAUCCUUCACCUUCUUGGAGAGGGCAAAAAAUUUUUUUAAAAAAUAUUACCAAAAAAAAAAAGAGAAUUUUUAAAAAUGUUCAAUGAAAUUUUUUUGGGGAUUUUUGAAUUUCUUUCUCAUUGGCUGGAAUAAAGACAGAUUUUUUUUUUUUCUCUAACAAAUGCACUGAGACGUCAAGAAGUGUCCUAGAAGAAAGUGCAGCUCCUUCUGACAAAGAUCCUUCAACUCUCCGGCUUCUCAUUUUUAACUAAAUCCCAACAAAAACAAAAACAAAAAAUCCUGUGACAUUUGACAGUAGGUGCGAUACGUUGGCUUUUUUUUUUCUCUAACUUGUGUCCUGAUGGGAUGAAUUGGAACUGGCCUGGCCAAAGCUAAAGAAGCCCCGGGACCUUUGAUCUUUUCAUGAGACCCCCAGACUUUGCUUUAUGCAGUGGAAUAAAACUGCACUGGAAAUAGAGGCAAUCUGAACCCAGAAAUAGCUGGAAGAGGGCUGUAGCCUGUGUUACUUUGUAUCAGCCCAAGCAGCAAGGUUUUUUUUUUUUUUUGGAUGGAGUGAAGAACUGUAUAUUCUUUCUACCCCUUGUUUGCCAAGCAGAAUACCCGGGGCUGGGAAUUGACGCUUUGUUGUUGAUGUGCGGGACACUGACCCCCAAGCGGUUGUGCCCCUGACUGUGAGGUUGUCUCCUUGCAGUCUGUAUUUCAAUUGAUUUGGCUGCGGAGAGGAGUAUGGACGAGCAGACCAGGAUGUUGCAGACUUUGGCCGGAGUGAACAUGGCCGGUCACUCGGUACAGGGGGGAAUGACUUUACCUCCUCCCCAUGGACACGAUGGGACAGAUGGGGAUGGCAGGAAGCAGGACAUUGGCGACAUCCUGCACCAGAUCAUGACCAUCACUGAUCAGAGCCUGGAUGAGGCACAAGCAAAAAAGCAUGCACUAAACUGUCAUAGGAUGAAGCCAGCCCUUUUCAGUGUUUUAUGUGAAAUCAAAGAGAAAACAGGUCUCAGCAUUAGAGGGGCACAGGAAGAAGAUCCCCCAGAUCCACAGCUCAUGAGACUAGACAACAUGUUGCUGGCAGAAGGUGUAUCUGGACCAGAGAAAGGUGGUGGAGCUGCAGCAGCCGCAGCAGCGGCAGCAGCAUCGGGCGGUUCCUCAGACAACUCAAUAGAACAUUCCGACUACAGAGCCAAACUCAGUCAGAUCCGACAGAUUUACCACACAGAACUGGAGAAAUAUGAGCAGCUGGUCCGUGGAGGUGCUGCAGCAGUCGAUUUUCAUCAUGAAAAGGACAUGAAUCAACAGGCAUGCAACGAAUUUACAACCCAUGUGAUGAAUCUCUUGAGAGAGCAAAGCCGGACGCGCCCCAUCUCCCCCAAAGAAAUUGAAAGAAUGGUGGGCAUUAUCCACAGGAAGUUCAGCUCCAUCCAAAUGCAACUGAAGCAAAGCACGUGUGAAGCUGUCAUGAUCUUAAGGUCGAGGUUUCUCGAUGCCAGGAGGAAAAGGCGUAACUUCAGUAAACAGGCCACAGAGAUCUUAAAUGAAUACUUCUACUCCCACCUCAGCAAUCCUUACCCAAGCGAGGAAGCCAAAGAGGAGCUGGCAAAGAAAUGCAGUAUCACAGUGUCGCAGGUAUCCAACUGGUUCGGAAACAAGAGAAUCAGGUACAAGAAAAACAUUGGCAAGUUUCAGGAAGAGGCAAACCUGUACGCAGCUAAGACGGCCGUGAACGCAGCUCAUGCAGUAGCAGCUGCUGUGCAGAAUAACCAAACAAGCUCCCCCACUACACCAAAUUCCGGUUCUUCUGGUUCUUUUAAUCUCCCAAAUUCAGGCGACAUGUACAUGAAUAUGCAGAGUCUGAAUGGGGAUUCUUACCAAGGGGCCCAAGUUGGAGCCAAUGUGCAGUCACAGGUGGAUACCCUUCGUCAUGUUAUCAAUCAGACGGGCGGAUACAGUGAUGCCUUGGGAGGGAAUUCACUGUACAGUCCACAUCACCUAACUGCUAACGGCGGGUGGCAUGAGACGGCAACCCCCACCUCUGUCACCUCCCCAACAGAAGGGCCCGGCAGCGUGAACUCUGAUACCUCUAACUGAGUGACCCAUCAUAAAACUGUGCAUCCCAGCUCUCUGGAGGGACAAGGCAUCACGUUAGGUCUUUAUUCAAUACUUAGUUAAGCAGAUUCCCAGCUCGGAGGACGAAGACCUUUCCCUUUCAGUUAAAUCUUCUUCUCCAGCUCGGUGGCUCUGCUUUGCCUGUUUUUAAUAAGGACUCGCACACCGCCGCAUCGUACAUCCCAGUCAAAACAAGCUGCUGGAUUCCAGUACAUCGUAUUUUUUUUCGCUUAAUCACCACUUUGAAAGCACUUUAUCUAAUUGGGCCAAGAUCUGAGUUAGAAUUUGUGAAAUGAUCUCCACGUCCCAUCGGCACUUUUUAAUAAACUGCUAAAGUGAAGGAACGAAGUAGCAGCUUUAAGGAGUAACGUUUGCAUGUUUGCCUAGACUAUCUGGGGUUACAGCGAAGAGACAUUUUACCGUUUCCAAACCUACCGUAGUCGAUGAUGGCUCUUUGUUUUCUUUCUCGUUUUCCCAUUUUAUUUCCUGUAUGACGCAUUUAAAACUCGGUUGAUCUGUGAAGAUGCAUCCACUUCUACAGGGAAACGACAUACACAUCUUAUGCAUUUAUCGAAUCCUUGCGCCAGAUGGACUCCUUGUUGAAGCUCUUUCGUGUUGUCAUAUACCAACCAAAUUUUUUAUUUUAGAAUUAAAAAAAAAAAAGAAAAAGAAUUUCCUGUGAACAAAAAACCUUGUUGUAGGACAUUGUCUAUAAAAUUAGAGAGUCACACAUGGAAAAAUUAAGGGUAAACAAUUUCCAACAAUAGAAAUUUCAUAGGAAACAGGAAUUUAACCAGUAAUAAUGAUUUUAUUUGACUUUGCUGUAGCCGGUAUCUCAGUUACACAUCACAUUGUGGUUUAUAGAUAUAUGAUAGGGCAAGAAGAGACAUCAGGUCCCGUAACAACAAACCAAAGAAACUUUAAAAUCACAAUAUGGGAUUUAUGUAUUUUAACAUGGGUCAUUUAAAAGAUUCACAGGGUUUUUUUUUUUAUUUUUUAUUUUUUUUUAAAUAUAAUUUUAGGUUAUUAGAUCAACUAAUUAUAUAUAUAUAUUUUGGCUUAUUAGUCACCAGUUAUUAUUAUUAUUAAGCGAAUGCAUCUUCAACAGAGUUUUCUCCAUUAACGCAGUACCAUUUUGUUUCCUAUUGGCCUCUCCCAGCUUUGUAAAUACCCCUUCCUGUGACAGAGGGUCAUGAUGAUAGGAAAGGGAUUCUAUUCCCUAUGUGUUGUUUUGCAGCAGAGGGUUAAAUGCUGUGUAAUGAGUUGUUGAAAUCUGCCAUUUCUUAUGGCAAUUGAAAAAGAAAGAAAAAAAAAAAUCUGUAAAUAUUGUAGCAAAAGAGAAUUUAUACAUUUUGUCACCAAGCAAAACAGCUUUAUUUACCUCAUACAAACUCAUAGGAACCAACAGACAUGUCACGUGUAGAUUAGUCUGCCCACCUACUACCUCUGAAUAACAUGCGUAGUACGUCUAACUUUCUAUCAUCAUGUAAUUACAAGAGCAGAUUGGGCCAUGGCGCCCCUGGAUUAUGCUGGAAUGUAUAGUAGUGCCACGAUAUUGUACAUAAAAAAUAAAAAUAAA